AUGAUCCCCCAGGCGGCAACUCUCCUGGCUUAUGCCGCUCUCCUCGCUACGGCAAGCCCCGUUAUUCAGCGUAGAAACGUGACGGAGCUCAACGAAGAGGCCACCAAAGAAGCGCAUCCGCGCGACGACACAGCCACCCGCGCCUUCUCCAACAUUCAGAUCAAGACCGCCGACGGGAGGUGUCUCUUCGUCGACAAGCUGUCUGGGGACUUCCGCGCGAACCUGACUCCCAUCCAGGUCGCCGACUGCGCGGUAAAAGACGACCAGGGCUGGGAUGUCAUUACCGCCGGAAAGCACAACGACCAGUCCAACACAAUGCUCAUUGUGAGCACACUGACGCAAGCGUGCUUCAACUUUGAUCCCCGCCGUGCCGCGGGCAACCAGGUCAAUCUCUUCUCUUGCGGCGGACGCGCGGCGGGCGAAGGUAAGGUGACGGGUUCGCAGCUGUUCGCUUUGGACACCGGCGCGGGGCCCUCCACAUUCCAGCCCAAGAAUGUACAGGGCAAGUGUUUCACGGUCAAGGGCAACGUGGUGGACGUGGCGGACUGCAACGCGGACGACAAGGCGCAGUCCUUUGCGUUUGGCGGGCCUGCUACCGGAGGCAACGGUGGAGGCAACGCCGGCGGGGACAACGGCGCCCAACAGCCCGUGCCUUCGACGACCGCCGCCGCCGUCGCUACGGAGAGUCCGGCGCCCGAUUGCGGCGGUGACGUGAUUGUCACGAUGACGGUUACGGCGACGGUCAACCCGGGCCAGGGCAACUCCGGCAACGUCCCCGCGACUACCCUCGCGCCCGAUGUGACGUCCGCAUCAGCCACGGCGCCGCCUGUUGCCUCGACUGCCCCGGCCGCCGGAAACGGCAACGGAAACGGCGGUCAACAGGGAAACAUCCCCGCCGCGAACCCGACGACCCCCGUCCCCGUCUCCCGCGCUGGCGGCACCCUCAACCCGACGGCGGCGGCCGAGGCCAACGUCUUCGACGCCACGGCGACGCGGGCCUUCACAAAGGCAGCCAUCCGCGCGCCUAACGGGCAGUGUCUCUCGGUGGACCCCACGGCGGGCGACUUCCGUCAGAACCUCAUCCCCGUCGCCCUGGCCGCGUGCGACGGCACGCCAAACCAGCAGUUCGACGUCAUCUCCAAGGGCAAGCACAACGACGGCAAGGACAACGGCGUGCUGAUCGUCAGCAGCCUGACCAACGGGUGCGUGAGCACGGACGGGCGCCGGGCGGACGGGGACACGGUCACCAUCUUCUCGUGCGGCGGGCGCGCCGCGGGCGAGGGCGGCACCAACACCGGGCAGCUGGUCCGGGCGUUUGGCGACAGCUUCCUGUGGUCGCCCGUCAACGACGCGGCCACGUGCGUGGUCCCUGGGACUCAGGGGCGUCUGGUCACGGCGGCGUGCAAGGGGGAUAACAGCGAGACGUACAAAAUCGUUGUUUGA